AUGGGAGAAACUUUGUAUAACGACACCAUUUAUGUUGCAGUGAAUCAAGAUGUUCGAGAAAGUAAAUCAACUUUGUUAUGGACAUUGAGGAAUUUUCAUGUCAAGAAGCUCUGCCUCCUUCAUGUUCAUAUCCCAUUUUCCUUGACCGCUUCUUCAAGUGGGCUUGAAGAAAGUGAGAUCGAUGCAAUCCAAGAGUCGAUAGUGAAAACUGCAUAUGAUAGUCUCCACAAGUAUCGAGAUAUCUGCACAAACAAAGGGGUUAAAGAAGAAGAUGUGGAUAUAUCGUGGUUCUCAGGAUAUGGUGUGGGUGAAGGGAUUGUGGAGCUCAUCUAUCAAAACAAUAUCACGAAGCUCGUUAUGGGAGCAGCAGCUGAUCCUCACUACUCUAGGGGAAUGUCUAUCACAUCUAGAAAAGCAGAGUAUGUGUCGCAACAUGCACCUCAUAGCUGUAAAAUGUGGUUCAUCUGCAAAGGGAAACUCAUCAAGACGAAAGAAGGAAGUUUCGACCUCGGGUAUCCAUCUGAUUCAUUCUCAGAAUUCUCUGCUUCUGAUCAGAAACCAAGCAGAGGAAGAAGAAGGGAAGAACAUGAAACCAAGCCACCUAAAGAACAUUCAGGAACGGUACUAGAAACCGAAGAAGCUUCGAAGAGAGUAAGGAAGGAGGAACCAGAGAAGAACAAAAGCAACGGAAACAAAGUAGAUUCCGACAAGCCUCACCCAGAUUUCAAAUGUCCCAUUUCAUUGGAGAUUAUGCGAGAUCCACAUAUCGCCGCUGACGGUCACACCUACGAGGCAAAGGAAAUCGGAGCAUGGUUCAGAGGAGGACAUCAAACCUCGCCAAAGACGGGCGCAAGGCUCGCCAAUCACAAUCUUACCCCAAAUUACACUCUUCGUUCAAUCAUUAACGACUGGCUGCUGCAUCACCCAAAUCACAACACUGAUUAA